GUUUGCCCAGCUUCGCAACUGCGUGGAUUAAUUUUUUGUUGAUAACUUGUGACGUGUGCUUUCGAUCUAAUUACGUAUAAAUAAAUAACCAUGGCAAUUGCAUAAAAGUAAAGUGCAAGAUCAUAAAAAUUUUGGCGUAAAAAAGUUGCUUCCAACAACAAUAAUAAUAAUAAAAAUACAUAUCAUCUUGUGAAUCACCAAACUACCUACAACAAAAAUAACACAUAAUAUAUAAUAAUAAAUAAUAAGAAAUUGUGCAAAGCUGUAAAAAUUAAGAUAAUAUAGUCUGAAAACCCCGAAAUUAAAUACAAAAUGGCAAAAUUCGUACUUAUUGCAACGUGCCUUGUGUUGGCGUCGAGCGUGUGCGCCCAAGACCUGAAAGUCGAUGUCGUUAGUACGCCAGAGGUGUGCGAACAGAAGUCGAAAAACGGUGAUAUGCUGACGAUGCACUACACCGGCACACUGACGGACGGCAAGAAAUUCGAUUCGAGCUUCGAUCGCGAUCAACCCUUCACAUUCCAAAUCGGUGCUGGCCAAGUGAUAAAGGGCUGGGACCAAGGUCUAUUGGACAUGUGCGUCGGCGAGAAACGUAAAUUGGUCAUUCCUCCAGAGUUGGGUUAUGGCGAUCGUGGUGCUGGAAAUGUCAUCCCACCAAAGGCCACACUCUUCUUCGAAGUCGAAUUGAUCAACAUCGGAAACACUCCACCACCAACCAAUGUCUUCAAGGAAAUCGAUGAGAACGGCGACAAGCAGCUGAGCCGUGAUGAGGUAAACGUUUAUGUCAGCGAGUAUCUGAAGAAACAAAUGACCGCCGUCGAAGGUCAAGACUCCGAUGAACUGAAAAAUAUGCUCAAGGAGAACGACAAACUGGUUGAGGAGAUCUUCCAGCAUGAGGACAAGGAUAAGAACGGUUUCAUCUCGCACGAUGAGUUCUCCGGCCCCAAACACGACGAACUCUAAGUCACUGGCGUCGGGCGAGUGGUGGCAAGGUUGCCAAAUAUACUUGUACAAUAGUAGUUAUAUUAAUGGGUAGCUGAAGCUCCAACUUCAUCCCACACUCAUACAUUCGCAACAACAACACACACACACACGCACAUACGUUCACAAAAAUAUACGUACAUUAAAUAAAAUAUAAUAAAAAAAGGAAA